AUGGAGCAUGGAAUCAUCGAAGACAUAGACCUUUCCGAGGUCAAGUUCAUACAAAGAAUCUAUGAUGGCAAGUACUCGGAAAUCUUCAAAGUCGAAGCAUUAGGGAAAGUCUGUGUCCUGAAAGUGCUACUAAGCCCAGCCAUUCGCACGCAGUAUCACGGGCACUGUAACGCAUACUGGGAACCCGUGGAGUCGACGCUCUUUAGGUGGGAAUCAACUGCCUACCGCCGAUUUAAGGAGACGGGCCUAUGCACAAGGGGUAUCGUACCUGACUUUUAUGGCCCCAUCACCACCAUCGACCCGGGACAGCGGCCAGAGCUGAGGUCGUUUUGUAAAGACCCUUUACCGCCUAAAGCGAUCCUGAUUGAAUACAUUCCUCGCGUGCAACGUAUAUCUCUAGAGACCUAUAGCGAAAAUCGCGUGGCCAAGCUAGCCGACCUGCUCGCUGAAAUUCACGCUGUACGUGUUGUGCAUGGCGACCCGUACCCACGAAACAUGUUCAUGGCGCCUCACGAACAUGGCGAAAGGCUACUCUGGAUGGAUUUCGACCGGGCACGUACGUUUCCGCUGGAUCAGGAUCCCACAGAUGAGGAAGCGAAGAAAUUUACACUUGACAUGGCGCUCACGAGGGAGUAUAUUAUCCGCCCGGCGACGGGGGAAGACCCGGACUGGAUUAUGAUGUGGACAAGGGAAAUGACAUUGCCUUUUGGAACAUGUUGA